UGAUUAGUCAGCAUUCAAUCUCGGUGUUCUAAAUUAUUAUUUGACUCCCCUACAUGGAAAUUUCACAGAAAUCAUGUUCAGUCCCUACAUAAUAAAGUCAUGGUUAUGAUCACGUUCCUGCUCUGAGGUAUCAGGUUUUCCAAAUGCCUUCCCCAAGCAUCGGAAAUUCUUAAAAACCUCCCCUCAAAUUUCAAUAUUCAUGUUCUAUUUCUUUUUGUUGCUGGCGGCCGUCUUAGCUGUGUGAAAGCUGGAAAACGAGAGAGGUUAUGGGAAAGAGGAAGGUAUCUGAUAAUAACCCUAUAUUCAUAUAUCAAAACUCUCCACACCCAACCUUUGAAGCACGCUUCAGAAAUUAAAAUCAUGGGAUUCUCUUCUAGAUGGCGUUUCUUUCUCUCUCUGUAUUUCUUCUACUAUUUUUAUCUUACCAUUGCUGCUGAGCUGAAAUAUCUGUACCACGACUGUUACGUCAACGAUCAAAAUUACACCACCAAUAGUACCUACCAGGCAAACCUCAACCACCUUCUAAAUUCCCUUACCAACACCACCCCCAUAUACAAUGGAUUUUACAAUUCCUCUUAUGGGGAAAAUUCUGACAAAGUUUAUGCAAGUGCAAUCUGCAGACCAGACACGGAUCCAGACAGUUGCCGAGAUUGUGUAACUUUCGCCACUCGGAACCUGACACUUCUCUGUCCCAAGCAUAAAAUGGCAAUCGGCGGAUACGAUGAUGAUAACUACACUAACUGUAUGUUGCGGUACGCAGAUUAUGACUAUACUGGCGUAAUGGAAAAUGCUCCUUAUUUUUUUGUGUAUACGGAAAGUAACAUCACACAAAAUGUGGAACAGUUCAAUCAAACACGGCAGAGCUUGUUGCAGUGGCUAACAAGUGAAGCUGCAGCUCGGGGUCCUGACAAGUAUGCUGCUGGAAAACAAGUAGUUUCAGGAAUUUUAACAUUAUAUGGACUUGUUCAGUGCACUCCUGACUUAACCGAAAGUAAAUGCAAUGAGUGCCUCAAUGAUGCCAAUAAACUUAUGCCAAAUUGUUGUGAAACAAGCCAAGGGGGGAGAGUAAUAACCCCAAGCUGUAGUUUCAGAUACGGGAUAAGCGAAUUCUACAAUCCUUCAAUUGCAGAACCUCCAGUCCCCUCUCCAACACCACCAUCCGGAAAGAAGAACAAUAAUUUCAUCAUUAUUGUGGUUGUUUCGGUUGCUAUAUCGUUGAUACUAAUCAUAGUCGUCAUCAUCUUUAUAAGACGGAGGAAAUCGGAGAAGAAAGAUCAAAAUGUGGAAGAUAUAAUAGAUACAGCGUCCUUACAGUUCGACUUCAGCACCAUCAGGAUUGCCACAAACAACUUCUCUGAUGAUAAUAAGCUGGGACAAGGUGGAUUUGGAGCGGUAUACAAGGGCAUGCUUUCCGACAGACAACAAGUAGCUGUUAAGAGACUGUCUUUACAUUCUAAUCAAGGAGAAGUAGAAUUUAAGAAUGAGGUCCAACUAGUUGCCAAGCUUCAGCAUAGAAAUUUGGUUAGGCUCCUUGGCUUCUGCUUGGAACGAAAUGAAAGGAUUCUCAUCUACGAAUUUGUGCCUAAUUCAAGCCUCGAUCACUACAUAUCCAAAUCAAUCAACCAUGAAUAUAUGAACUGGGAAAGGCGUUACAAGAUCAUAGGAGGCAUUUCUCGAGGGCUACUUUAUCUCCAUGAAGACUCAAGACUUCGAAUUAUUCACCGUGAUCUCAAAUUAAGUAACAUUUUGUUAGAUGCAGACAUGAAUCCAAAAAUUUCUGAUUUUGGUAUGGCAAAAUUGUUUGAAAUGGAUCAGAGUCAAGGUAACACAAAUCAUGUCGUGGGGACCUUUGGGUAUAUGCCUCCAGAGUAUAUAAAACAUGGGCAAUUCUCAGUUAAGUCAGACAUUUACAGCUUUGGCGUUCUAAUUUUAGAAAUCGUAAGUGAUCAGAAGCGGAGUGGCUUCGAAAUCCAGGACGAAGACCUUCUAACCUAUGCGUGGAAAAGCUGGAAUGAAGGGUCAGCUGCAAAUCUAAUUGAUCCUUCUAUGAGGGAUAAUCCAACAACUGAAAUGAUGAAAUGCAUCCACAUUGCUUUGUUAUGUGUUCAGGAAAAUGUAUCUGACAGACCAACCAUAGGCUCAGUUGUUCAUAUGCUUAACAGCGACUCUGUCAAUCUCCCAGCGCCUAAAAGACCUGGAUUCUAUACGUAUACUGCAACAGAAUCACGGACGACACCAAAUAACUUAAUUCGACGCCGAACUGAAGGCGCCCCAUUAUCACAAAAUGACGUUUCAAUUACAGAGCUAUGUCCUAGAUAGUGUGAAUGAAGUUGAAAUGGGUCUCCUGAGAGCAGCUUCCAGGCAAUAGAAUAGUAGGCUGUAGUUCUGGAUAAUUCAAUAAAUUACAAAUACUAUUAAGGGA